UUUGCCCUCCUCCACCUCCAGGUCUCCCUGGCCCAGAAGCCCGCCAAGCUACCGCUGGUGGGCCGCAAGCCCUUCGUGGCCGCCUGGAAUGCCCCGCUGGACAUGUGCACCCUCAAGUACAACACCAGCAUCAGCCUGGAGCUCUUCCAGGUGUCCGGCAGCCCGCGCUCCGUCCACCGCGGCCAGAACGUGACCAUCUUCUACGCCAACCGGCUGGGACACUACCCCUUCUACACCGAGGAAGGGUCGCCCAUCAACGGCGGCUUGCCGCAGAACUGCAGCCUGGAGGCCCACCUCCGCAAGGCCCACCAGGACAUAUGCCACUUCAUCCCCUCCGAGGACUUCCAGGGGCUGGCCGUGAUCGACUGGGAGUACUGGCGGCCGCAGUGGAGCCGCAACUGGCACAAGAAGGACAUCUACCGGCAGCGCUCGCGCGACCUGGUCAGCCAGGUGUACGUGAACGUCUCCGAGGAGCAGGUGGAGGAGCUGGCGCGCCGCCUCUUCGAGAAGAGCGCCAUGGCCUUCAUGAAGAAGACGCUGCAGCUGGGCACGCAGACGCGGCCCAGCGGCCUCUGGGGCUACUACCUGUACCCGGACUGCCACAACUACAACGUGCACGACAACGAGUACAGUGGCACCUGCCCCCUGCUGGAGACGCUGCGUAACGACGAGCUGGAGUGGCUGUGGAGCAGCAGCACGGCGCUCUUCCCCGCGCUGGCCAUCCGCAAGGCCAUGGCCGACAGCCACCGCAAUCUGCACUUCUCGCAGAACCGCGUGCUGGAGUCGCUGAGGCUGGCCGCGCUGGCCCCGCAGACCUUCGAGCUGCCAACCUACGUCUACACGCGCCUGGGCUACCGCGACGAGGCCAUGACCUUCCUGACCACCAAAGACUUGAUUCACACCAUUGGAGAGAGUGCUGCCCUUGGAGCCGCAGGCUUUGUGAUUUGGGGGGACCUGAAUCUUACUGCAUCAAGAGUCAACUGCUCCAAGGUGCGAGCCUUCAUGAACUACCGACUGGGCCAGUACAUCACCAAUGUGACGCGCGCCGCUGAGGUGUGCAGUGACUACCUGUGCCAGAACAACGGCCGCUGCGUGCGUAAGGAGCCGCGAGCGCUGCACUACCUCCACCUGAGCAAGCCCAGCUACCGCAUCACGUCGCUAGGCAACGGCUCCUUCAGCGUCGUCGGGGAACAUUCACAACAGGACUACCAGCUGCUCAAGAAGAGGUUCCAGUGCCACUGUUACCAGGGCUACGAAGGAGAACGCUGUGACAGCCCCGACAAGGACAAAGACACGGGACAAGGGGAAGAGGAGACACAAGGGACGGUGGCAACCACCGAAAAGACACAGACAACGACAGUGGCAGGGAAGGAGGAAGAGACAGAAAAGGUCCUCUUGGAAACGACAGCGGAAACAACAACAGUUGGAGGCACGAGGGAAGAGGACAAAAAGGACGAGAGGACAGAGAGUGCUGCGGCUCCUCAGGCAACUUCAUAUGCUCUUCUGCUCACCAUUCUGCUCAUUGGGCUUCAAUGGUGUGCCUGAUCAUCAGGAAGUUUUGUUUCCUUUGUGUUAUUUUUCCUCUUACACUACCUGGGUUUCCAUCCAAUUUGUUGAUUGCUUUAGUAUGUACAGUAAGAAAUCCCAAGUUGGAAACGUGAAAUGCACAUAUUUGCACAUCUUUUGCUGGCCUAAAAUGGCUGCUGAUGGGCAUCUUGCUAAGUCAAAUAGAUUAGACGCAAACACAAUGAACUGUUGCGACUAAGUUGAAUGGAAACCCGCCCGUUGUUGCAACUGGCUAAGCUGAUUGUAAGGGUCCGAGAAUGGAUGCUCCCACUCUCUGCAGACGGCACAUGAUAAGACUUAAUGUUUGUAUCCAUUAUCUUCAGGGUAUGUAAGAUAAAUACAGUAGGUAUUUUUGCCAAUGUACUGAACCAGCUGAUCCUAAUUAGCUGAACUCGUUAGCAUCCUCAGGUGCCUAAGGUAAUUAGUGAAAUCACCUGUGUCAAGAUCAUUAUGGCAAGCAGAAUACAUAGAACUACAUGGCAGGACUUUCUCUUUUUUGAUAGCCGCCGUGCCCACCACUUACCUUUAGGCACAAUUAUGUAGGCCUACUUGUUCGCAAACCAUGGUGCUGGUUACAUGGAUGUGGAUAUUUUUAAAUGCUGAUAUUUUUUAUCUGCUUACGUGUAAACACAACAUGGAUAAAAAUAAAAACUCCAUUGUAACAGGUGCAUUUUAGCGGCCCAAAUGGAAUAUUUUUAACUUCCUAAAACUGGGUUUACGUGUAAACGAAACGCCAAAACCAAUGCGUUUUCAAAAAUAUCCACAUACAUGUAAACAGCUUCUAAUGUAUAUCAAGGUGGGCGCAUUUCUAUAAUUCCACAGUUUGUCAAUUGUAUCAUGCCUUUGCAGUUAAAACAUACCUCAGAUUAUGGAUUCCAAAGAUAGCAGGAUAUUUCUUCAGUGUCGCGAGCGAUGAUGGAGUGCAUUGUUUGCAUCUUGAUGCUGAGGAGACACAAAGCUUUUAUUAUCAUAAAAAUGUGCACUUGAAAUUCAAUGGGCUAAUCCGACCCAUUUAACACUUUUAUUUUUGAGCACAUGUUUUUUGUGGUCAGAGGCUAACAAGAAAAUUGUGUAGCAGAACUAUGCAACCUUGUCCAAUCCAUGGAUCAAAGUUGGUAAAUAGACCACAACUGCAUCUGAUGUCGAAUGAGCCCAUUUCAUUAAAAAAAACAUUUUAGAAUCCUUUCUUUUGUUUGACAGAAGUCGGCAGGUGACCGGAAGGGCUUGACAAAGGUGUUCUUGAGAGGGACACUUGUAGUACUGCACACACCUCUGUCUUGUCCUAGCACUGACAGUUGCCUUUUGUGGUGCUGUUGAAGGUCCUUCUCACCUUCUGACAGCCAUUCAGGAGACCAGAAGGGGGCAGUCACUGCAUAGCAAUAAUGUGAUGACAAUCACGUGUCUUCAUGAGCAAUCCAAAGAUCAAGGCCAUUCCCGUACCUGCAUUUACCUGUAAAGACAAAACGUUGAAAAUUGUAUAAAUGACACUCGUACAGCAAGACAGUAAGUAAGUUAGUGUAGUAUUCUGAAGUAUACAGGUAUAUUAUCACUUGAUUUUAGGAAACCUUUGAAGUCUUAAAGUGGCAUCGCUCUUACUUGCACAGCAUUUCUCUAACUGUUAUGUUAAAGAAAGACACUGAAUGUAAACAAACCACCAAAUCAUCACAAUUCACUUCACAGUACACAGUAUUGCCCUACAAAAGCAAAGUGCAGUGACUACGGCAACACUGAAACUGAGAAAAAAGCCCUUCAAAGUAUUGGUAUUAGGUUGGAUAUUGUAGUUAAUGCAAAUCUGACACAGCAAUACAUAUUGGACAUAUUUGGACCAUAAGGCUUUGUCACAAGAUAAAGGAGGCCAUUUUCAGUCUCAGUUUCUGAACUCAAUCUUGACCAAAUAUGUAGUUACUGCACUUUGCCUUUGUAGGGCAGAGAGUACACUCAGCAAUAAGCUUCAUAAAGGUUCCUUUGUUUUUGUUGCCUCCUCAUAUGUUUAUGUUUAGCAUUUCAUUUAAGAUUACUAUAUUUUUCCAUUUAUUAAUAUGUAAACAGCCAAAUUAUGCACAUAACUGUUGCCAAUAAGUAGCCUACGAUUCAAACUUGGUAUUGCCUUGUUGCAUUCCGAUAGCUAGGGUUCUCUUCAUAGUUCUGUGUAGUAUCUCGAAUUUAGGUACAACACUAGUCAUUCAUCUCAAUAUUAUGAUUAUUUUGUACGGUUCAUACAAGAAUAAUAAUACCUGUUUAAACAUCAACUGUUUUCAGUACACUAUAACAAAUACACAAUGACGACAAUGCAAUGUGUGAUGAAUGUUGCUUGAAUGUUGAUGCACUGCAAAUAAAGAUUGGAAAUCAUUGCUCUGCCUCUGCUUC